UUUUUUUUGUUUUCUUUUCACAAUUUUUUUCUUUUUUUGAUAGACUUCUCUGACCUUCAAUAUACAUAUAUAUUAAACCAUGUCAACAUUAUGUCAACGGUUGUUUUCACAACAUAAGCAGUUUAUUUUAUCCUCAUCACGACGACAAUGUUAUUACUCAUCAAUAUCUCCAAGUGCCUUCCAAAUCUUUGAUCGACAAGCAAAAAGGAAACAAAAGGAUCGAGCAGCUUCCAACAUAGAACAGAGUCGCGUGGUGGAUUAUCUUAAGGAUGAAGUAGCAGCUCGUGUCUCGGAUCGUUUAUUGGAUAUCAAACGCGAAUUUGGUACUGUGGUUGAUUUGGGUUCAGGGUGUGGCCAUAUUAUCAAACACGUUGAUUCAGAUAUGUUAAAUAAACUUGUUAUGUGUGACAUGUCAGAAAAAUCAUUGUAUCGAGAUGCGGAUAAGGAUUAUGAAGUGGAGGUGGAAAGAAAAGUGGUGGAUGAAGAAUACUUACCAUUUGAAGAAAACUCUUUGGAAGCUGUGGUUAGUAGUCUAUCAUUGAAUUGGGUGAAUGAUCUACCAGGGACCUUGAUUCAAAUACGUCAGUCUUUGAAACCAGAUGGUGUAUUCAUCGGAGCCAUGUUUGGUGGAGAUACACUUUUUGAAUUACGGACAUCUUUACAGCUAGCGGAGGUUGAACGGGAAAGUGGGAUAUCACCUAGAGUUUCUCCUAUGACGGAUUCUAGUGAUGUAUCUCGAUUAUUAUCUCGUGCUGGAUUUACUUUGACAACAGUAGAUAUAGAUGAAAUUCAAGUUAGUUAUCCUUCAGCAUUUGAAUUAAUGGAAGAUCUUCGUGCAAUGGGUGAAAGUAAUGCGGUACUCAGCAGACGAUCUUUACUAAAACGAGAUACUCUUUUAGCAGCUGCUUCCAUUUACAAAGAACUUCACGGCAAUGAAGACGGUACUAUUCCUGCUACUUUCCAAAUUAUAUAUAUGAUUGGCUGGAAACCUUCAGAAACAACCCCUUUACCCAAGAAACGUGGAUCAGCAAAUGCUUCUUUGAAAGAUGUAUUAUAAAAUAAAAAAAAAAAACUUGUAUUUAAAUUAAAUUUAAUGCAUUCAAUAGUUAGAUGAUCUUAUUUAUUGUCAUUAUUGAAAUAAAACUUUUUGUGGGGAAACAGUUGUGUUCCUG